AUGAAGAGUAGGCCAUUAGCAUUUGUAUGCUUUGUAAUUACCAUUAAUGCAGGCUUUUUUGACUUGUUUAGUGGCUCCAGUAAUAGCCAAAAGAGUAGCAGCAAUGAAGAAGAAGAAAAUAAGAAUGUGGAACUUUCACAAGAACAACUUGUGAAUAAAAUAAUGAGUGAGGUUGAAGAUAUUGAUAAGAGCGUUUUACAACUAAACGAUGAAGUUGAAAAAGAAAAAAAAGAAAAGCUCGAUAGUGAGAGUCAAAAAUUGCAAACGGCGUUAUCAUCCUGGAAACAACUUCAAGAAGCAGCUAAAAAUGCUGAAAAUGAAAAAAAGAAACAAAAGAAAAAAACUAAUAGUAUGAAUGCUCUUAAAAAAGAAAUUCCUCGUCAUACAAAUGCUAUUAAGAAAAAAGUUGGUAAAGUCGUAAAUGGCACGAAUAAUGAACAAGAAGGUGAUGAAAGUGAUGGAGGUGAUGAAAGUGAUGGAGAUGGUAAAAGUGGUAGAGGUGGUAAAGGAAAAGUAUUAAAAAAACUAUUAGGGAUAGGAAAGAGUAGUAAAAAAAGAAAAAGAAACCCCUCUUCGUCUAAGGGGAAAAGAAAAAAAUUUAAGAGCAGUAAAAAUGAUAAUUAA